UUAAAGCGCGCCAAAGUGGGUUGUUUGGAAUUGGUACAAUUUUUUAAAUCUUGCAUCAGAUCUUUAAUUGAAUAUGCUUGCCCAGUGUAUCACGAUGGUCUCCCAACGUAUCUUUCGAGUGAUCUCGAAACUAUUCAAAGACGAGCAAUGCGAAUCAUCUACCCAACAGAAUCUUACGAAGAUGCCCUACUAUUAUCAGGUCUAACUUCCCUAUUCCUACGGCGCCAACAGAUUACUAACAAAGUCUUCCUAAAUAUUAUGAACGAUGAUGCACACAAAUUACACGAACUACUGCCUGCUAAAAACAAUAUCUCGCUUAAUUUACGGAAAAAGUCGAAAUUCAAUAACCCAAGAGUAAAAACGAACCGUUAUAGAAAUAGCUUUAUCAUCAGUAAUUCAAUUAAGGCAUAA